GGCAGUGAGAAGUUAGUGGCGCUGCUGGGACGGGGGAAAGGAGACGCUUCUUCUUCCUGCUGCUCCUUUCGUUCCCGGGAUCAGCGGCGGCGGUGGCCGCGAGUGACUCGGCAGCGUCUCCGGCUCCGCGUGGGAACCAUGCUGACCGAUGGCGGAGGUGGCGGCACCUCCUUUGAGGAGGACCUGGACUCGGUGGCUCCGCGAUCCGCCCCAGCCGGGGCCUCAGAGCCGCCUCCGCCGGGAGGGGUCGGUCUGGGGAUCCGCACCGUGAGGCUCUUUGGGGAGGCCGGGCCCGCGCCGGGAGUCGGUGGCGGCGGCGGCGGCGGCAGUGGUGCGGGCGGAGGGGACGCGGCGCUGGAUUUCAAGUUGGCUGCUGCUGUGCUGAGGACCGGGGGUGGAGGUGGUGCCUCUGGCAGCGACGAGGAUGAGGUGUCUGAGGUUGAAUCGUUUAUUUUGGACCAAGAAGAUCUGGAUAACCCAGUGCUUAAAACAACAUCAGAGAUAUUCUUAUCAAGUACUGCAGAAGGAGCAGACUUACGCACUGUGGAUCCAGAGACACAGGCACGACUGGAAGCAUUGCUAGAAGCAGCAGGAAUUGGCAAAUUGUCAACUGCUGAUGGUAAAGCUUUUGCAGAUCCUGAGGUACUCCGGAGACUGACAUCCUCAGUUAGUUGUGCACUGGAUGAAGCUGCUGCUGCACUGACACGGAUGAAAGCAGAAAAUGGCCACAAUGUAGGACAAGUGGACACUCGCAGUCUGGCAGAAGCUUGUUCAGAUGGGGAUGUUAAUGCUGUUCGUAAAUUGCUAGAUGAAGGCAGAAGUGUAAAUGAACAUACAGAAGAAGGAGAAAGCCUGCUGUGUUUAGCUUGUUCUGCAGGGUAUUAUGAAUUAGCUCAAGUAUUGCUUGCUAUGCAUGCUAAUGUUGAAGAUCGAGGGAAUAAAGGAGACAUAACUCCCUUGAUGGCAGCUUCCAGUGGAGGUUACUUAGAUAUUGUGAAAUUAUUACUUCUUCAUGAUGCAGAUGUCAACUCCCAGUCUGCAACAGGCCAUUUGGAUAUGGUUCGCUUUCUACUUGAAGCUGGUGCAGAUCAAGAGCACAAAACGGAUGAGAUGCACACUGCCUUAAUGGAGGCUUGCAUGGUAAUUUUAAAUUGCGCUAACGUGCAUGCUACAACAGCAACAGGAGACACAGCCUUAACCUAUGCUUGUGAAAAUGGACAUACGGAUGUUGCAGAUGUUUUACUUCAAGCAGGGGCUGAUUUAGAACAUGAAUCUGAAGGUGGAAGAACACCUUUGAUGAAAGCUGCAAGAGCUGGUCAUUUGUGCACUGUGCAAUUUCUUAUUAGCAAAGGUGCCAAUGUGAAUAGGGCUACAGCUAAUAAUGAUCAUACAGUAGUGUCACUGGCAUGUGCAGGAGGCCAUCUGGCAGUUGUUGAGCUACUCUUGGCUCAUGGGGCUGACCCUACUCAUCGACUCAAGGAUGGCUCAACAAUGCUCAUUGAAGCUGCAAAGGGUGGCCAUACUAAUGUUGUUUCUUAUCUGUUGGAUUAUCCAAAUAAUGUUUUGUCAGUUCCAAGCACAGAUGUGUCUCACCUCACCCCACCUUCUCAAGAUCAAUCUCAGGUUCCACGUGUACCAAUGCAUACACUUGCCAUGGUUGUACCUCCCCAGGAACCUGACAUAACUUCGCAGGAGAACUCUCCUGCCCUUUUAGGAGUACAAAAAGGUACAUCCAAGCAGAAGUCCAGUUCCCUGCAGGUAGCAGAUCAGGACCUACUGCCACCUUUUCACCCAUACCAGCCUUUGGAGUGCAUAGUAGAGGAGACUGAAGGCAAGCUGAAUGAACUGGGACAAAGAAUUAGUGCUAUUGAAAAAGCACAGCUUAAGUCAUUGGAGUUAAUUCAAGGUGAACCUCUGAACAAGGAUAAGAUAGAAGAACUUAAAAAGAACAGAGAAGAGCAAGUCCAGAAGAAGAAGAAAAUACUGAAAGAACUACAGAAAGUGGAAAGGCAGUUGCAGAUGAAAACACAGCAGCAAUUUACCAAAGAAUACUUGGAAACCAAAGGUCAGAAAGACACAGUGUCUCUACACCAGCAGUGCUCUCAUAGAGGAGUCUUCCCAGAAGGGGAAAGAGAUGGUAGUCUCCCAGAGGAUCACUUUUCAGAGUUAUCUCAGGUUGACACAAUCUUACUUAAAGAUAAUGAUGUUGAUGAAGAACAACAGUCUCCAUCAUCGGCAGAACAAAUUGAUUUUGUCCCAGUCCAGCCUUUAUCAUCUCCACAGUGUAACUUUUCCAGUGACUUAGGUUCUAACGGGACGAAUUCUCUUGAACUUCAGAAAGUAUCAGGUAAUCAGCAGAUUGUAGGACAGCCUCAGAUUGCUAUUACUGGACAUGAUCAGGGGCUCUUAGUUCAAGAACCAGAUGGACUAAUGGUUGCAACUCCAGCCCAGACGCUUACCGACACUCUUGAUGACCUGAUAGCAGCUGUGAGUAGCAGAGUGCCCACUGGUUCAAACAGUUCCUCUCAGACCACAGAGUGUCUUACACCUGAACCCUGUUCACAGACUCCAGGCAAUGUGGCUUCCCAAUCUGUGCCCCCUGUGUAUCCUUCAGUUGACAUUGAUGCACAUACUGAGAGCAAUCAUGACACAGCAUUAACACUAGCUUGUGCAGGUGGUCAUGAAGAACUUGUAUCCGUACUCAUUGCACGGGAUGCUAAAAUUGAGCACAGAGACAAAAAAGGUUUCACACCACUGAUCCUGGCAGCAACAGCAGGACAUGUCGGAGUUGUUGAAAUCCUUUUGGAUAAAGGUGGAGAUAUAGAAGCACAGUCUGAACGAACUAAGGAUACUCCACUUUCAUUGGCGUGUUCUGGUGGCCGUCAGGAGGUGGUAGACUUGCUGUUGGCUCGAGGUGCAAAUAAAGAACAUAGGAAUGUGUCUGAUUAUACACCACUGAGUCUAGCAGCAUCUGGAGGAUAUGUUAAUAUCAUUAAGAUUCUGCUUAAUGCUGGGGCAGAAAUUAAUUCAAGGACUGGGAGUAAACUAGGUAUUUCUCCCCUGAUGUUGGCUGCAAUGAAUGGACAUGUUCCUGCAGUGAAACUGCUGCUUGAUAUGGGUUCGGAUAUUAACGCCCAGAUAGAGACGAAUCGGAACACAGCUCUCACCCUGGCCUGUUUCCAGGGCCGAGCAGAAGUAGUGAGUUUGCUUCUGGACCGAAAAGCCAAUGUUGAACACAGGGCAAAGGUAAAUAAAUUAAAAUUUCGAAGAAUAAUCAAUUUGUGCUUCAGAAUGUCAAGAGAAGAGAGCAGAAAGCAGGCUCUUGCAGCUAAAAGAGAGAAAAGAAAAGAAAAGAGAAAAAAGAAAAAAGAGGAGCAGAAAAGGAAACAGGAAGAAGAUGAGGAAAACAAACCUAAAGAGAAUUCAGAACUACCAGAGGAUGAAGAUGAAGAGGAGAACGAUGAAGAUGUGGAGCAAGAAGUUCCCAUAGAACCUCCUAGUGCAACCACCACCACCACAAUUGGAAUCUCUGCAACAUCUGCAACAUUCACAAAUGUGUUUGGGAAAAAAAGGGCCAACGUGGUGACAACUCCCAGCACCAAUCGGAAAAAUAAGAAGAACAAAACAAAGGAAACCCCUCCCACGGCACAUUUAAUUUUACCAGAACAACAUAUAUCUUUAGCACAGCAAAAGGCAGAUAAAAAUAAAAUAAAUGGAGAAUCUAGAGGUGGUGGUGCAGGUGGGAAUAGUGAUUCAGAUAACUUGGACAGCACAGACUGCAACAGUGAGAGUAGUAGUGGUGGUAAAAGUCAAGAGUUAAAUUUCACUAUGGAUGUGAAUUGCUCUAGUGAUAGGAGAUACCCCUCACUACUCCUCCAUUCCCAAGAAGAAAAGAUGAGUACCGCCACUUCCAAAACUCAAACACGAGUUGAAGGUGAAGUGAAUCCUAAUUCCUUGUCAACAAGCUACAAGUCAGUGUCAUUGCCAUUAAGCUCUCCAAACAUAAAGCUGAAUCUCACUAGCCCUAAAAGGGGCCAAAAAAGAGAAGAAGGGUGGAAAGAAGUUGUACGGAGGUCAAAGAAAUUAUCUGUUCCAGCCUCAGUGGUGUCCAGAAUAAUGGGAAGAGGAGGAUGCAACAUCACUGCAAUACAAGAUGUUACUGGUGCCCACAUUGAUGUGGAUAAACAAAAAGAUAAGAAUGGAGAGAGAAUGAUCACAAUAAGGGGUGGUACAGAAUCAACAAGAUAUGCAGUUCAACUCAUCAAUGCACUUAUUCAAGAUCCUGCUAAGGAACUGGAAGACUUGAUUCCUAAAAAUCAUAUCAGAACACCUGCCAGCAAAUCCAUUCAUGCUAACUUCUCAUCUGGAGUAGGUACCACAGCAGCUUCCAAUAAAAAUGCAUUUCCCUUGGGUGCUCCAACUCUUGUAACUUCACAGGCAACAACAUUAUCUACGUUCCAGCCCACUAAUAAACUUAAUAAGAAUGUUCCAACAAAUGUACGUUCUUCUUUCCCAGUUUCUCUACCUUUAGCUUAUCCCCAUCCUCAUUUUGCCCUGCUGGCUGCUCAAACUAUGCAACAGAUUCGGCAUCCUCGCUUACCCAUGGCCCAGUUUGGAGGAACCUUCUCACCUUCUCCUAACACGUGGGGACCAUUCCCAGUAAGACCUGUGAAUCCUGGAAACACGAAUAGCUCUCCAAAGCAUAAUAAUACAAGCCGUCUACCUAACCAGAACGGGACUGUUUUACCCUCAGAAUCUGCUGGACUAGCUACUGCCAGUUGUCCUAUCACUGUCUCUUCUGUAGUUGCUGCAAGUCAGCAAAUGUGUGUGACUAAUACCCGGACUCCUUCAUCGGUCAGAAAGCAGUUGUUUGCCUGCGUGCCUAAGACAAGUCCUCCAGCAACAGUCAUUUCUUCUGUGACAAGCACUUGUAGUUCCCUGCCUUCUGUCUCCUCUGCACCUGUCACUAGUGGGCAAGUUCAUACCACAUUUCUACCUGCAAGUACUCCUCAAGCACAGCUUUCUUCACAAAAGAUGGAGUCUUUCUCUGCGAUGCCACCCACCAAAGAGAAAGUGUCCACACAGGACCAGCCCAUGGCAAACCUAUGUAUCCCAUCUUCAACUGCAAAUAGUUGCAGUAACUCUGCCAGCAACACCUCAGGAGCUCCAGAAACUCACCCAUCCAGUAGUCCCACUCCUCCCUCCAGUAACACACAGGAGGAGGCACAGCCAUCAGAUGUGUCUGAUUUAAGUCCUAUGUCAAUGCCUUUUGCAUCUAACUCAGAGCCUGCUCCAUUGACUUUGGCAUCACCCAGAUUGGUUGCUACUGAUAAUCAGGACACCAGUAAUUUACCUCAAUUAGCUGUACCAGCACCUCGAGUUUCUCAUCGAAUGCAGCCCAGAGGUUCUUUUUACUCAGUGGUACCAAAUGCAACUAUACACCAGGAUCCCCAGUCUAUUUUUGUUACAAAUCCAGUUCCUUUAACAGCACCUCAAGGCCCACCAGCUGCAGUACAGCUUUCUUCAGCCAUGAACAUUAUGAAUGGUUCUCAGAUGCACAUAAACCCAGCAAAUAAAUCUUUGCCACCUACAUUUGGCCCAGCCACACUUUUCAAUCACUUCAGCAGUCUAUUUGAUAGCAAUCAGGUGCCAGCAAACCAGGGUUGGGGAGAUGGUCCACUGACUUCACGAGUUGCUACAGAUGCCUCUUUCACUGUUCAGUCAGCAUUCCUGGGUAACUCUGUACUUGGACACUUGGAAAAUGUGCACCCUGACAAUUCCAAGGCACCUGGCUUCAGACCACCUUCCCAGCGAGUUUCUACUAGUCCAGUUGGGUUACCAUCCAUUGACCCAUCAGGCAGCUCCCCAUCUUCCACUUCUGCUCCUCUGACAAGUUUUUCCGGCAUACCAGGAACAAGGGUUUUCCUGCAAGGGCCAGCUCCUGUUGGGACUCCUAGUUUCAACAGACAACAUUUUUCUCCCCAUCCUUGGACAAGCGCCUCAAACUCAUCCACUUCUGCCCCACCAACAUUGGGCCAACCAAAAGGAGGCAGUGCCAGUCAGGAUCGAAAAAUACCUCCCCCGAUUGGAACAGAGAGACUGGCCAGGAUUCGGCAAGGAGGGUCUGUUGCACAAGCCCCCGUGGGGACCAGUUUUGUCGCUCCUGUUGGACACAGUGGAAUCUGGUCAUUUGGUGUCAACGCUGUGUCAGAAGGCUUAUCAGGUUGGUCGCAGUCUGUGAUAGGGAACCAUCCAAUGCAUCAACAAUUAUCAGACCCAGGCACAUUCUCCCAGCAUCAACCAAUGGAGAGAGAUGAUUCUGGAAUGGUAGCCCCCUCUAACAUUUUUCAUCAGCCUAUUGCAAGCGGUUUUGUGGAUUUUUCUAAAGGACUGCCAAUUUCCAUGUAUGGAGGCACCAUAAUACCUUCUCAUCCUCAGCUUGCUGAUGUUCCAGGAGGCCCUUUGUUUAAUGGACUUCACAACCCAGAUCCUGCUUGGAAUCCUAUGAUAAAAGUUAUCCAAAAUUCUACUGAAUGCACUGAUGCCCAACAGAUUUGGCCUGGCACGUGGGCACCUCAUAUUGGAAACAUGCAUCUCAAAUAUGUCAACUAAGUUAGAAGGUCUUAACUCUUUAGCCUUGUUUGAGAAAUCUAUGACUUUGGAAGAACCCUGGGGAUUUUUUUUUUUUUAAUGUGCCUAACUAAGAAAUUUUCUCUGAGCAAUGGAAAUUUGAUUGUCCAUUGUAUAAGAACAAACUGAUUCCUAUCCACCUGAUUAUGUUCUCUGGUUAGUUUAGCCAUUUUGAACUUAAGAUCAGAUUGAACUUCGUGCUUUUGGCUAAACAUACUGAAUGCUACUUGU